AUGCCAUUCGUUUUCGACGAGUCUCUCCUAGUUAGCCACGUUCCGACGGAUGUUCCGGCUGACCUGAAAGUUCGUCCGUUGGCAAUUGACGACUUCUCGAAGGGCUACCUCGAGCUUCUUGCUCAGCUCACUUCCGUCGGAAAUCUCGACAAGGAAGCAUUCGAAAAGCAAUUUGAGGCUAUGAAAAAAUCGGUUCCGAACUAUCACAUCGUCGUCAUCGAAGACAGAGCCACUGAGAAAGUGGUCGGAUCGGCGACUCUUGUGAUCGAAAUGAAGUUCAUUCACGAGGCCGGAAGCCGCGGAAGAGUCGAAGACGUCGUAGUGGACAAAGAGAAGCGCGGGCAGAAGUUGGGAGCAGUGCUUCUGAAGACUCUUGUCUCACUGGGAAAAUCUCUCGGAGUGUACAAACUGUCUCUCGAGUGCAAGCCGGAGCUGCUGCCGUUCUAUUCGCAGUUCGGAUUCGAGGACGACUGCAACUUCAUGACUCAGCGCUUUUGA